AUGGACGGCGGCCGUCGCGGCUCAAAGCAGUCGCAGUCCCAAUCGAAUUCGCUGCUCCAGCAGCAGCAGCAGCCGUUGAUGCGCAGGCAGCGCUCUCUUGAGUGGCGCAGGGAGCGGCGGUAUUCUUCGAGUGAUGAGGAAGAACGAGUAAAUCGCUCAUCACGGACAAGAGCUGCUGCUAUUGAAGGUCAAGUGAUAGCUGCGUAUAUGGCGCAAAGCAAGUUUCCCAGUGGCGAUUCGAUAUAUUCGAGCAAGAAACACUCGGCAUCUAGCUCGACUCUCGUCCGAUCCGCUCGGUCUGGUGGCGGUGGCUCAUCGGCGGUCAACGGGAUAACCGCGAACUCGAAGCGACAUCACCGCACUACAACGGGCGGCGGUGCUGGCAGUUCUGUGGCGAGUGGAAUGACUUCGUCGAGCAGCACCUCGUCCGCCAAUAACCUGGACAGAACCGAACAUGCCAUCAAUGAUGUAGAACAAAGACUUCAUCGGCUAAGUCUCACUAAUGUGUCUCGCGAGUUAUCGCCGCCCGAGCCGGCUCCGCCUGAAAUACCGCCGCGCGGUCCUUCGCUGCAUUGCGCAACGCUCCGCAUUCGAACCGAGUUUCAAAACCCCGUGCAACAAAUUAACAGUACAGCUGCAAGUCCGGCCACCAAUCUAGAUGCCAGCAAAGCGAACGGCGUCGAGGUCGAGAACUACACGUCUGCUCAAGUAUUUGAAUAA